GAGCCUCAGUCGGCCAGCAGUGGGCGGGGAGAGCGGUGUCUCCGCGUCGGGUGUCUGAGGGGGACGGCGCGGCAGCCAUGCAGGCCCCACACGACGGCGCGGGCGGAGCGGCGGGCGGUGCAGGGACGCCCAGUGGCCCUGGAGGCCCCACAGGCCAUGGAGGCUGGGACGGCGCAGGAGAGGAGGGCGCUGCGGCCGCGGGAGCCCCCCAGGUCGAGGGGGCGUCGCUGGCCGCAGCGCAGGGUGAAGAGGCCUCCGCCUUGAGUGGAGCCCCGGGAAGCCCGAUGCUCGAGUUCACCCUCAUGGUGCCUUUCCUGUCCUGCAUGGAUGCGGAGGUGGCCCGCAGGUACCUGACCCCGGGUGCUGAACCCUACCUCGGGGAUGUUCAGAGGGAGCUCACGGUGAUCGGCAGUGACCUGGUUAUCCGAUUAACUGCUGAAGACUCUGGCAUCUUGCAAAUUUCCGUCGCCUCCUUGCUCAACCGGCUUUCCAUAGUGGUGCAGACCAUGCAGCACUUUGUGCCUCCAUUUUUUGCUAAGACUCAGCCCGGAAAAGGGGGUUGAGAUCACAAGAGUGUCCUGUCCUAGGCAGUGCAUCCUUCCCGAGAGCCAUGAUCUUUCCAGUAGUUGCCACCCCCUAGCUGUUUCCUGUAUGGGUACUUGGGCACUCUGUGCCCACUUGUUUUGA